AUGGCUCUAAUAAGAAGGGCAACGUAUAAAUGUUAUGGCCCUGGUAGAUGGAUACUGAAACAGGGGCAUUUAUCGACGAAUAUGUAUUUAAUUGUCAAAGGACAUGUGGUGUUUACUGAAGAUGUACAAAACUCUGUUACUAAACUUAUGGAUAACACUGAACGUUGCAAAUUGAAGGAAAAACAUUCUUUUGGCGAAAGUGCUGUUAUGUUUAACACACUUAGAACCAAUUCUGUUCAAUCAUUAAGUGCGGUGGAAUUGAAUAGCAUAUCGAAAAAUGAUUUCACGGACAUUAUCAAAGAUAAUUUGCAACUUCAGUGGAAUGAAAAUGCAAUAGCAAUUAAAAAUUCUUCAUAUUUUAAACACCUGAGUUUGAUGGAAUUAAAUAAGUGUAGCACUAUUUCAUUUAUCAAAACAUUUAAAGAUCAUGAAUAUGUUCUCGGAAAAGGAACAGGAGAUGUUGAUUAUGCUUACUUCGUAUUAGAAAGUGAAAUAUCUUUAAUACUGCAUUUGGAAAUUAUUGAAGAGAUUGUUAAGCGUUAUAGAAAUGUAAGGUUCAAAAUGUUCAAAUUAACAAAGACUUCGGAAAAAUUUAAUAAAAAAAAAUAUUCAAAUGUAUAUGUCAACACUUGUACAUUUUUACCAGACUCGUGUUUUAACAUUGGUAACAAAAUUAACUUUAUGAGAUAA